CAUGGUUCACCUCGAUGAUCGUGAAAUGAUGUCUCGAUACAGACGAAGGCCAUCAUGUUGGGCAUUAACGCCUGCAUCCGACAACGAGACCGCGGAGACCACAACAUGUAACCAGCGAAUCAUAACCAUUCCUCUAUCGGAGAUGCAAUAGGACUCAGUCCCCUGCAGACGUCGAUUUUGAGAAAAGACGGACAAGAGUCAUGUUCCAAUCAACCGUUCUUCGACCGUCCGAUUUCAUCUGCCACCCUCCGACAACGGCAGACAUUUUCUCCCAUGAUUCCCCGUUCAUGCAAAGCGGCCCGGUGGAGAGAAUUUGUGUGGCUAGUUAGUUGGCCGGACAAAAAAAAAAAAAGGAAAAGAGGAACGGGUGCGCUUCAAGCCUUGAAAUGUCUCGACAACUUGGACCCGGCUGGAUUGAUUGAUGAGCUGGCAAUUCAAUUGUGGCCUCGCGGGGCCCGCUUUGCGGUCCUCCAUGUGGUUCCAAACAGGUUGAGUCUGGCUUCAAUUCGUCGCUCUUGUGUUUUUUCCGAUGGAGCCCUCUCCGCUUUUGGGCAACGAGAAGUCAAGUCAACUUUUACUUUACUUUACCCCUCCAUAGGUGGUUGGUGGGCGGUUUCCAGUAUUUUUGUUUUUUCGUUCCAGAAAGACCUCUUUACUUUUCCCCGUUCAAGUCGGGAGCGUUCCCGUUGGCUUUUUUCCCCUGGCUCUUUAUGUUUUGGACCAAUUCUGUCUUUUCCGCUUCUUUGGGUACCCGAUCAUGGACAUCGGUUGCUUUACUCGUCGGACACAACAUAACCAUUGAGCGAGGGAAGCGAAAAAAAGAAAGCAAAAGAUAGUGUUCUGAGUUGUCCAAAAACCGUCAGGGAAACCGUUGGCUGUUGUAUGCCGGUCAAUUGCAUCUACCUUGUCGCCUUGUAUCGG